GAGCGCUGAGCUGCAGUUGCGGAGCCGGACGUGUUGGUGAAGAUGGCGGGCCGGAGUAUGCAAGCUGCAAGAUGUCCUACAGAUGAAUUAUCUUUAACCAACUGUGCAGUUGUGAAUGAAAAGGAUUUCCAGUCUGGCCAGCAUGUGGUUGUGAGGACCUCACCCAACCAUAGGUAUAUAUUUACACUGAGGACCCAUCCAUCAGUGGUUCCAGGGAGCAUUGCAUUCAGCUUACCCCAGCGAAAAUGGGCUGGACUCUCUAUUGGACAAGAAAUAGAUGUCUCCUUAUAUACAUUUGACAAGGCCAAACAAUGUAUUGGCACAAUGACCAUCGAGAUUGAUUUCCUGCAGAAAAAAAGCAUCGACUCCAACCCAUAUGAUACUGACAAGAUGGCAGCAGAAUUUAUUCAGCAGUUCAACAACCAGGCUUUCUCAGUGGGACAACAGCUUGUGUUUAGCUUCAAUGAUAAGCUUUUUGGCUUACUGGUGAAGGAUAUUGAAGCCAUGGAUCCUAGCAUCCUGAAGGGGGAGACUUCGACAGGUAAAAGACAGAAGAUUGAAGUAGGCCUGGUGGUUGGAAACAGUCAAGUUGCGUUUGAAAAAGCAGAAAAUUCAUCACUCAAUCUUAUUGGCAAAGCUAAAACCAAGGAAAAUCGUCAGUCUAUCAUCAAUCCUGACUGGAACUUUGAAAAAAUGGGCAUAGGAGGCCUGGACAAGGAAUUUUCAGAUAUUUUUCGACGAGCAUUUGCUUCCCGAGUAUUUCCUCCAGAGAUUGUGGAGCAGAUGGGUUGCAAACAUGUUAAAGGCAUCCUGUUAUACGGGCCCCCAGGAUGUGGUAAGACUCUUCUGGCUCGACAGAUUGGCAAGAUGUUAAAUGCAAGAGAGCCCAAAGUGGUCAAUGGACCAGAAAUCCUUAACAAAUAUGUGGGAGAAUCAGAGGCUAACAUUCGUAAACUCUUCGCUGAUGCUGAAGAGGAGCAAAGGAGGCUUGGUGCUAACAGUGGUUUGCACAUCAUCAUCUUUGAUGAAAUCGAUGCCAUCUGCAAGCAGAGAGGGAGCAUGGCAGGUAGCACAGGAGUUCAUGACACUGUCGUCAACCAGUUACUGUCCAAAAUUGAUGGGGUGGAGCAACUGAACAACAUCCUAGUCAUUGGAAUGACCAACAGACCAGAUCUGAUAGAUGAGGCUCUUCUUCGACCUGGGAGACUGGAAGUUAAGAUGGAGAUAGGCUUACCGGAUGAGAAAGGUCGACUACAGAUCCUUCACAUCCACACAGCAAGGAUGAGAGGGCAUCAUUUACUCUCUGCUGAUGUAGAUAUUAAAGAACUGGCCGUGGAGACCAAGAAUUUCAGCGGUGCUGAACUGGAGGGUCUGGUGAGAGCAGCACAGUCCACUGCUAUGAAUAGACACAUAAAGGCCAGUACUAAAGUGGAAGUGGACAUGGAGAAAGCAGAGAGCCUGCAGGUGACAAGAGGAGACUUCCUUGCUUCUUUGGAGAAUGAUAUCAAACCAGCAUUUGGCACAAACCAAGAGGAUUACGCAAGUUACAUUAUGAAUGGUAUCAUCAAAUGGGGUGAUCCAGUUACUCGGGUUCUGGAAGAUGGGGAGCUGCUGGUUCAACAGACUAAAAACAGUGACCGCACACCAUUGGUUAGCGUCCUUCUGGAAGGCCCUCCUCAUAGUGGGAAGACUGCCUUAGCUGCAAAGAUUGCAGAGGAAUCCAACUUCCCCUUCAUCAAGAUCUGUUCCCCUGAUAAGAUGAUUGGCUUUUCUGAGACAGCCAAGUGUCAGGCCAUGAAGAAGAUCUUUGAUGAUGCAUACAAAUCUCAGCUCAGUUGUGUGGUUGUGGAUGACAUUGAGAGACUGCUCGAUUAUGUUCCUAUUGGCCCUCGAUUUUCUAAUCUGGUGUUACAGGCUCUUCUUGUGUUACUGAAAAAGGCGCCUCCUCAGGGCCGCAAGCUUCUUAUCAUUGGGACCACUAGCCGCAAAGAUGUCCUUCAGGAGAUGGAAAUGCUUAACGCUUUCAGCACCACCAUCCACGUGCCCAACAUUGCCACAGGAGAGCAGCUGUUGGAAUCUCUGGAGCUUUUGGGUAACUUCAAGGACAAGGAACGCACCAUAAUUGCACAGCAAGUUAAAGGGAAAAAGGUCUGGAUAGGAAUCAAGAAGUUACUGAUGUUGAUCGAGAUGUCCCUACAGAUGGAUCCUGAAUACCGUGUGAGAAAAUUCUUGGCCCUCUUAAGAGAAGAAGGAGCAAUUCUUCACUGUGUUGUAGCUCUGAGAGACCAAGCAAGGAAGUUGGUUGUACUGUUGAGGUUUGCUCUCCCUGUCCUGCUUCGCAAAACUUCCAUUGUCACAAGGCAGGAAAAAACUCGAUGGUACAUAUUCAUUGGAACCUGCUUUUUACCUGCAUGGAGUUGUGACAUUUUCUUUCGUGAAAUGCUCGUUGGAUAGCAAAUGGAUAGUAAAAAUGUAGAAAAACUGUUAAGGAGCUUUUAGUGAUUUUGUGAGGAAUGGCUUUUUGCAGACCCACAUCUGUUUUUUUUGUGUGUUUUGGGUGUUCCCUUUGCAGUAGCCCUCUUGACUUUUGCAACACACCGUGACCAAGAGAAGUGACCAAGGUGAAGAUGGGCUGAGAUCUUCACUCGUCUUAAUCAAGAUACCGGACUAAGUGAAAUGUUCUCUACCUGCAACAGCGUCCACGCUUUCUCUGCAUGUUUAGUGCAAUAAAAUUCCCUUCCUUAUGCUUAUUGAGGUAUUCUAGUGUUUUGUGGAAGGUGCAGAUUUGCUUUAGAAUGCUGUGCUUACCUCUGUGUGCAGACUGAUUCCUUCUUACUCAGGGUUUAAGUGGGAGAGGCAUACUGUACUUGUGAACACUACACAUUUUAAGCUCCCCACCGCCACCACCACCACCUGGAAAUUCUCUAUAAAUAUAAUGAAUGUUGCAAGACAACACAUGGCCUAUUCGAAUGAAGGCUUUUUACCUGCAAACCAGGAACAGUGAAUAGAGCUGUGGGUUAAAUGGAUUAUCUGGCAGCUUCCCUGUGCUGACAUUAAAGGUUAUUGGGUAUUUGGUUAAAGGUUCUCCCAGAAAACUGGUUAUCUUUGCCUGAAGAAACAGGGUUUGGGAUUUCUAAGAUACUGUUCUUAACCAUUUUCAGAGAUGUUUCCAAGUUGCCAUCGGAGAUCUUUCUUCACAGAAAGUCAGAUUACCGUGUUGGCUGUGACAUCCCCUUAAUGUAACAGUGUGCGCUGUGGGAAGAGAUAUGCUAAUCAUUACCACUUGGGAGAUGCUGUUAAAAAUUUAUGGAAGAUAAUGUAUGGAAAAAAUAUACAUCCCUAAACAGGAAGGCGUUAUUAAAAUAAUUUACAAACCUCUUGGCAUUAAUUAGUAUCCAACUUCUAAAUGGGUCAUUUCCUUAGUAGGAUAUUAAGGACUUAGUAGUAUCACCACUUUUUUUUCUUAGUUUAAUGACUUAGUUGGAACUUAUCCUCUCUUUAAGUUAUCUUUACCAUGCAGUAUCUAAAUAGAACACUAUUCUCCAGAAAAACAAGCCCCUUUCCAGCCUUCUCCCCUCAGCCCUUUAACAUCCAUUCCGAACAUUUAACACAUUUCCUUUACCCUCUACGUGCCUCUGCCAAAGGAAAGGAGUGCUCAUCGGGUCCUUUUGAGGGUGAUUUGUCUUAGAACUCAGUUAGAAGGAAUUUAUUUAGGUUAUCAUAUUUGGUGAUGAGACUUACAGAGCAUGCCACUCUCUCCCCAUUGCUGCUUAAAAUGCAAGGACAGACAAGCGGGAACCACCUGAAGGUGCUUAACAUCAGUAAGGCUUGUUGCCACAGUGGCACUUGAUGUGGCUCUGUCAUUUGUCCCCGUGGCAGAAGGCAGAUCAUUUCCAAAUCUUGCUGUCUGUAUGCUUUUGGUAGAGACUUAUAUGUCAUACCUACUUUGUUUUGGGUUUUCACUCCUAGCUUAUUUUGUGGCUUUUUAAAAAGUGGACUGUGUUGCGAAGUCCUGUGACUCUUGGUGGCCAGCAUCCCAGAUUCCCUAAUCUGUUCUCACCUCUUUCCUCUUCCCACAAAAGUAGCACACGUUGUAUUAACUUAUGUCUCUUGUUAAAUAAGGGUGAUGUUUUUGUGUUUUGUCCAAAACAAUAUUGAAAAAUAUAAAUAUUAUAUUGUUUAAUGCAAAUGAAGGAAUGCAAUAAACAGUGCAUAUACUUGGAAAUGUUCUGGAGACCAUUAUUUUGUACAAACAACAGGUUAUAACUGGUACGAAUGUGGGAGG